AGGAGAGUUUUUAACAAUUCAGAAAGAUUUAUCUACGUCAGCUGAAAUAAUCAUAGCACCUGGAGAUAUUAGAGAGUAUAAUGAAGCAACUGAAUGCUGGAUUUGCAAGAAAGCUUUUCUAAAACUAUCUUCAGAAGUAUCGUAA